AUGUUCUGGACUCGUUCUCUCAGACUUUUCAGAUCACCUCGCAUCUUCUCAUGUCACCGUCAUUCGCGCAAAUUUUGUAGCUUUUCGCAGGACAAUGAUCCGGGUUCGUGGGAAUCGAUGGAGGGUCUUUUUCAUUGCUCUGCGAAUUUUGUUCCUUUGACUCCCAUCAGCUUCCUAGAGAGAGCAGCGAAGGUAUGCAGAGACAGAACCUCGCUCGUGUAUGGCUCUCUGGAAUAUAACUGGGGUGAAACCCAUCAACGCUGCUUGAAACUCGCUUCUGCUUUGACCCAGUUGGGAAUUUCUCGCGGCGAUGUGGUUGCUACCCUAUCACCUAACGUCCCAGCAAUGUAUGAGUUACAUUUUGCUGUCCCAAUGGCUGGAGCCAUUCUUUGCACCCUUAACUCACGCCUAGAUGCAGCUAUGGUUUCAGUCCUUCUGGAGCAUUCACAAGCAAAGGUCCUUUUUGUAGACUACCAAUUACUUGAAAUUGCACGAGGAGCUUUGGACUUGCUAGGCAAAAUAGCCAGAGAAUUGCCAAUUUUAGUUCUAGUUGCCGACUCUGAUUGCCCAUCUACCAUUGACAUUACAUCAGUUAGUUACGAGUAUGAGAGGCUUCUGGCUGAUGGGCACAAUGGUUUUGACAUUGUGAGACCCCAUAGUGAAUUGGAUCCUAUAAGCAUAAACUACACCUCAGGCACUACAUCUAGACCUAAAGGAGUUGUCUAUAGUCACAGGGGUGCUUAUCUUAACUCUCUAGCAACUGUUCUACUCUUUAGAAUGGACCUUUUUCCUGUUUAUCUUUGGAAUGUUCCAAUGUUCCACUGCAAUGGGUGGUGCCUCCCUUGGGGUGUAGCGUCACAAUUUGGGAUCAAUGUUUGUCUUAGGAAGGUCUCUCCGAAGAACAUUUUUGACAAUAUUACUCAGCAUAAGGUGACACACAUGGCAGGAGCACCAACAGUGCUGAACAUGAUCGUGAACUCAGCAUUGACCGACCGAAAGCCACUCAAUCAGAAGGUGGUGGUGCUGACAGGAGGUUCACCUCCACCGCCACAGAUCCUUGCCAAGAUGGAGGAGAUUGGGUUUAGCAUCUCUCACCUGUAUGGCCUCACAGAAACGUAUGGUCCAGGCACGUUCUGUGCUUGGAGGCCUGAGUGGGACUUGUUGCCCCCUGAAGAUAGAUCAAAGAUGAAAGCAAGGCAGGGGGUCCCGCAUGUGGCUUUGGAGGAAAUUGAUGUGAAAGAUCCUGCCUCAAUGGAAAGUGUUCCAUCUGAUGGCAAAACAAUGGGAGAAGUAAUGUUUAGAGGAAACACAGUGAUGAGUGGAUAUUUCAGGGAUUUGAAAGCAACAGAAGAAGCUUUCAAAGAUGGGUGGUUUCAUAGUGGGGAUCUAGCUGUGAAACACUCUGAUGGUUACAUAGAAAUGAAGGACAGGUUGAAGGACAUAAUAAUCUCUGGGGGGGAGAAUAUUAGCUCAGUUGAGGUAGAAACGGUUUUGUAUAGCCAUCCAGCAGUUCUUGAAGCUGCAGUUGUUGCCAGGCCUGAUGAUCAUUGGGGCCAAACUCCUUGUGCUUUUGUGAGGUUGAAAGAGGGGUUUGAUGUAGACGCUCAAGACAUAAUCAACUUUUGCAGGGACCAUUUGCCCCAUUACAUGGCUCCUAAAACAGUUAUUUUUCAAGACAUGCCAAAAACUUCAACCGGAAAGAUACAGAAGUAUGUUCUGAGGGAGAAAACCAAAACUUUGGGAAGCCUUUCUGGACCCCAAGGUUGUGAUAAAUUGUAUAGUUAA